AUAAUGUGCGAUCAUGUCCUUACUCAAAUCAACAUCACACACAGUUAAGGUUGCCUUGGACUUUAUUGAGCCAGCUAUAAAAACGGAAAUCUUUAGUGCAUUUGGUAAUCUGUUAACAUAAAGCCCAAUUCAGAAUCCUAGGUUACGGUAGUAGUCAAAGGAGGUCGUAAAUGCUAGACACUGGAAUUAAAUUAAUGCUUUUAAGACUCAUUUUUAAGAACAUUAGUUAUUUUAUUAAUAAUGACUGUAAUAUUGCUAUCGGGCAAUGCUAGCAAUUUUCAGGUGGGUCGAUACCACUACAUAGUUUUUCCACUUGAUUCAGUGCAGUACUUUUUCCUCAGAGAAUGCUGUGAAGGUAGCCGCUGUAGCUUAAUUCCCUUCCCCAAAGAGCUGGCAACCUCCACUGAUCCCACCCCCUUUUCUUGCUGUGAUGGCCAUUCCCUCCCAAUCUCCUAGUGCAACGGGUACUGUAGCUGCCUCCCAUUUCUUAUCUCUGUGCCCAGGUUAGAUUAGGAGGGUCUGAGUCACAAACAGAAUGUCCCCUUCCUUUAGCACAUGUUCUCGCACAUGUUGUGCUAAGCAGCAGGGGCAACAGUUUCCCUCUUCUUCUGAUUUAAGGAGCGUCUGCUUCUUAUAUAACUAAACAGACUUUGGAGUGAAUUUAUCUGUAGGCAUGGAAAAUUGUACGUCAAGGAACAGCCAGGACGAAAAUGGCCUGAAAGACAGAGUUAUCCGAGUGGGCACCAGGAAGAGCCAGCUGGCUCGGAUUCAGACCGACAGUGUGGUCGGGAUGCUCUGCAAGCAAUACCCUGGCCUUCGCUUUGAGAUAGUUGCCAUGUCAACAACUGGAGAUAAGAUUCUGGACACGGCUCUUUCCAAGAUCGGGGAGAAGAGUCUUUUUACCAAAGAGCUGGAAAAUGCACUAGAAAGAAACGAAGUUGACCUGGUGGUUCACUCCUUGAAGGACCUGCCAACAUCGCUUCUCCCUGGCUUUACUAUUGGUGCCAUCUGCAAAAGGGAAAACCCACACGAUGCUGUUGUGUUUCAUCCUAAGAGCUGUGGGAAAACACUCAGUGCCCUCCCUGACAAGAGGUGAGCAGAGGGAAUGAAUGAAUUCUGUAAAUGAAU